AUGAACUGGACUGGGGGCGCCCUCUCACGCUCUCGCAACGCGAACGCCAAAGUCUCUCUCUCCGUCAAACAGAAGAAUCAUUUUGCCAAAGCCCGCGUCAAUUUGCAGAAUGGACAGCGACCAUCUCCGCCACAGAUUCAGUACUUUGACUUUGGAGAGUGGAAGCUUGAGAAUGGAGUACAUGAUGACCGACGUUCAGGCCCCCCCAAAUGUAUGGUUUCCAGCCAGAGAACGCUGGAUCAAUUUGAGAACGUCCAAGGUGUGGUGAGGAAGUUGCAAACUCUCCGGCCAAGGAAUGAGGGAAACAAAAGAAAGCGUUCCCUCAUCAACGACACCGAAGGUCAUGUACUACCGAGCGGUAUUGCUAUUCCUCCAAUCUCGCCUUCCAUCAUCAGCUCACGUCGUCCCUCGAGGUCCUCUCCAAUCCAAACUGAACCCAUUGCAAAACGAACUUCGAAGCGACCUCGAACCCCAACGCCCUCUACGAGCGAUGAACUAGAUCCUCUAGAAGUCGUUGACAGUGUGGAAGCUAAGCGAGGCAAGCUCCUUCAAGAGAGCGACUGGGUCGGCGUUGAAAGGCAGAGACGUAUGUCAAAGCCCGUCAAGAUGAAAUUCACGGACGCCAAAGAUCGAGAUCUCAUAGGCAGACGUCGCCCUUUGAACGGCAGCGCCGUUCAAAACCGCUGGAAUGGGCAGAAUUCAAGACGAAUGGAGGCACCGCUAAUGGCAUCUUACUCCGAGAAACCGCGAGGUCAACAUCGAGGGUUUGCGGAAGAGUAUUGGAGCGCAGAAGGAGUGAGUAUACGGAUUGGCUCAACAGCCAUGAAUACGGGACCAAUUUUAGAUGAGAUGCUCGAUUGCUACCAGUCUCCAGGGCCAGUACAAGGCUCUUCACACUCGGCAAGUUCAUUCAAAUACGACAAUACAGGACCUACACCGAAGCCUCAACAUCAGAGAGGCGAAUCUACCGCCCCCUCAAGUUUCAGAAACGAGUCUUCGGAGCCCUUCCGUAGUCUCUUCAGUCCAGAGGAGGUCAAGCCUUCGGGUAUAGCCCAGUUGGUGGAAGCCGCGACUAUCGCUGACAAUGAUAAUGCUCCCCUCGCUGAGGAUGAGCUACAAUUACCAGAGGACUACCAUCUUCCGGAGCCUAAACCAGGGUUUCGCUUGGUCUUUGAGCAGACGCCUCAGCCUCGUGGUUGGACCUCAGAGCUAAACCAUAGGAGUAGUCCGAUCGUGCGCGAUUUCGCUCUCACUAAGGGGCGACUUCCAGGGGCUGCGACUGAGCAAUCGGCACAUCCAGAAGAUCUCAACGUGCUUGGAGAGCAGAUAGCUGAAUACGCCCCAGUUGAGGAUGCAAAAUCAUGUACGUCUCCGCUCAGCAUUGCAACGUCUCGAUACAUGCAAGGACUCGAGAAUCAAAGCUAUGGGUCCGGAGGUCGAAGACCCUUCGCAAUGAACAUGGCCGAUAAAGUAGCUACCACGAGAGACCAACCUGCGGCGAACAUGAACAAGGCUGAGGGACAGCGAGGGACAACCGGAGAUCGAAAGCGAAAGACUUCCGUACAGCCCGAUGAAAUUCAAGACAAGGAAAAUGUUGAGCCAACUGAGGGCGAAGGCGAGAUCUGGCGGAGCUUGAUCAACCUCGACGACAUUAGUGACUUUCAGUCGAGGCAAGAGCAGCCUCCCAGCACGCAUACCCCCCAGGCAACAGCAGGAGCUUUAGCGAACGAACAGCAAGUUCUAGAUCAAGCUUCUCGAAAGUCCAAUGCGCAGAACGCUCCACCUGACGAUGAAACGAUAUGGCGGAAUUUCAUAUUCAGCGACUCUGGCCCCAACGACGAGUGGGUCAUCGAAGAAGCAAGCCCCCAAUCUUCACCAGACAACGACAUCUCGACCUACGAUCCCGCACGCACCCAGCCCUCCAUGGUCGCCGAAGCGGCCACCAGCCCCGUGAAGCAGAACCCACAUCUGAUGGACGAAAUGCGCGACGAUUCUCCGCCGGUUCUAGACAACGCAUCGCGUCACGCCAACGCAUCGUCGAGCUCGACCCGGAGCCUUGGUAUCUCUUCUAGCACGCCCCAGCAAGUCCUGCACUCAUCAGCAUCACCCCGCCGAUCCUCCGUCCUGGCAACAGCGUCAUCCCCAGCCACCCACGACAGCCAAAGCCACUCCAGCGAUCUAUACCUUCCAGAUAGACAUCAUCGAAUCUCCAACCCUUCCUCCCUAAUCGCCGAAGCAUCCUCUUCCCUCCCCACGCACGUAAUCCGACCCCUCUCCCCCACCCGCGCCACCCACAACCCCUCCCCCUCCUCCGACGACGACGAACUAGCCUGGACACCGUCUCGCUUCCCCGGCCCUGCAGCAAAGGAGAAGGUGGUCUUCAAGAGACCAUCUCGCUACGUGGGGCAGAGGGCGGGUGCUCGGCCUGAGCCCGUGCACCUGGGCAGGAACGUCAAUGAUUCUAAGAAGACGAAAAAGACGAAGACGAAGACGAAGACGAUGAGUUUGGCGGAAGCGGUGGAGCGUGCGAAGGGGAAGAUGGGUCGGAAGAAGGGUAACGGUGGAAGGGAUGUGGGACACGGAGGCGAGGAGGCGGGGGAGUUGGGCGUGGAUGAUGAUGAUGAUGAUGAUGAUAUCGUCGACGACUGA